AUUAAGACCACAACUGCCAAACAACGGUCCAGUAAUUUUAUGUUCUUCGUUGAUCCUUGUCAUUUAAGGCAGUGUUGAAGUGAUCGGCAUCUUUUCAAGGAGUGACGAUCAUGAGGUUUCUUUGUCUCACAACAACCGUUUUCUUGCUGAUAUUGAUAAUUUUCUUGCUUUGUGCUGAGAUGCCAUUUGUCAUUGCUUCAAAUGCCAAACUAGACGAUGGAAAUGAAGCUCAUUAUAAACUGUGUUACUCGACUUCAGAGAUAGACAGGCUUCUUUCUAAAAACUGCGUGAACCUCAUAAAACGAGCGACGAGGAAGUCAGGUGAAAAUAUUCUGCAAUCUCCCGAGAAAGCAAGACGAUUUCUACAAAAACGUAUUACUUACGUUACAAAUUACGGAUUGUUUAUGGAAGAAUGUUGUAAUGAAGGUGGCUGCCGAGUAGAGGAAAUUCUAGAACACUGUGCAGCCUCUGAAUAGAAUUUAAGGAAUUUUUCUUAAAAGUUUUUUCCUAGGAUUUCGUCGGAGACUAUUGUAGGUUUGAAGAUAAACAUUUGAAAAACAACCAAGAUACCAUUCUCUCCGUAUUCUGAUUAAAGUCCAUUGUUCUGACUUUAUUUUUCCACAACACUAGAUAUCGCCUAACUAAUAACAGGAACAUGUAUUGGCGCUAGCCAGAUAUUUCGGUCGCGCUCUUGUGCAACCACUUGGGCCGACAUUGCUCACAGUUCUCUGUGCGUCAUGGUAAACAGAGACUCAUCAUUUCUCACAACCUUGCUGGUAAAACGGAGUAGAGACUGGGAGGGAACUUUUUGAAAUUUCCUUCACGUUCCUUUUAAUGGUGAAUUCCACUUCAUAAAAGAUGAGAAAAAAAAUGUGUGUCUUAUGUAUACCUAAUUUUUAUCAUUGCAACUUGAUCAUACUUAAGGGAGAAAUGGAGGUUUUAUUGUCUGGCUGUCACAAAUGGCGUGACAAAUAUUCUGUGAACAACAUAGAAACUCAACAAAAGGUGUAGUGAUGGUGAAGGGACAUAGCAAUUUGUUUUGGCGAUAUAUAGGUCAUGUUCAAGAUAAUUGAAAUUGUUAAAGCACAAAGGAACAAGAAUGGCUAACUUUGAAUGGAUAUGGGUUGACUACGAUGAUCUAAUAAAA